UGUGACUUUUUGUCUGCCAUUUCUUCUGCUCCUUGAUUUUUGAAGCUCUGUUGCAUGCCUGCUUUCUAUUUGAAAGGGAGUGGGGGCUGUGUAGUGAAAGAGCGAGGCGAGGCGCGUGGCCUUCGCGGACGGACUUCGCUUGGCGCGAUGGCAGCGGCGAUGACGGCUAUGGCAGCAGGAGGCACCUUCAUGACUUUGCCUUCGGUUGGUGGUGGCAGUGAUGAGCGUGCGCGGGAGUUGGUGAGGGAGUCGGGAUCGGGAUCGGGAUCGGGAUGUGGAUCGAUGGCAUCCACGUCAGACAGCAGGGCGAGUGUACUGAGUCGCAGAUCGCGGCAGCUGGCGCUGACGUGUCAACGCACGGUGUCGUGGUUUGUGAUGUCGGAGCUGCAUCGGCUAGCGGGUACGGUCUGGGAGACCCUGAGGAAAGGGAUCGCGAUCUGUCAAAGAGAAUGCGAGAUGCGGCUGCUGCUUGAUCGUGCGUCCGACCGCGAUCGCGAUCCCGACCGUCGAUGGAGACGACAACGCAGAUUAUCAUCGUACGGUCGGGAUCUCUCGUCGGCUGCGACUUGGGCGUUGAUUCCUGAAGAUGCGGGUUCCUCCUCCUCCUCCGCCUCCUCUUCCUCCUCCUCCUCUUUCGCCAGAUGGAUAUGGAGGAGGCAAUGGCUGCAGGCGAUGGGGAGAAAGAGAGAGAGAGACGUGGCUAGCUGGAAGCCGUGGAGGGGGGCAUGUCGGAAUACCGACGACUGCGGGAGUCGGCGGUCUCCGAGUCCAAGAGGGGAUGUCGGGAUCUCUGACGCAAGGGGGGAAGUAAUGGGAAUGGGGAUUGGAUUGGGAUCGGGAAGGGAGAAGAAGCUAAUACUGGACGUAGAGGUGGGAGAUCCCGACAAUCAUCAGACGAAUCAACGGGAGGCGGGAUCCAGGUUGUCAAGUGCAGAUGCGGCCGAAGCGGGCAUCAUCGGGAUCUGCGACAUCGACAUGGUGCAACACUCCGCCGAAAGCAUGUUGCGAGAGUCUGGAACACCCAUGCAUUAUUUUGAUGGCAGAUUUGACUAUGCUGUUGUCCAUCCAUUUGAGCGAGAGCGAGUGUACUUGUGUAGUCAGGAAAGACAACUGGAAAUCGUCGAUUCAACUCUGCUGAAUGCAGCAAGAGGAACUGCAAUGGGUCUCGCAGUUCUGAUUGCUAUCAUUUGGCAUCUUCCCUCGAAGGAAGAUUCCAUUGCGGCAAAUAGCUUGCCCCUUGUACGAGACACUGCUGUCGUUAGAUCUCAAAGGGUUGCUCCGAAGAGGCGCAAAGUGCAGGCAGGUAGCGACAGGCACAUGCGGGAGCCUUCAGCUAAGCUGUGGACUGAUGAAGAACAGGUGAUGAAAGAAUGCCUUUUGGGAUCCAGAAGUUUCCCAUCUUUGUCUACAACAGCCAGUCUCGGGAUUGAACAAGAUCAUACUCAAAAGGCAGUUGCGGUCCGUGCCGUUCUUCUCAAUGCCACCGACUGCUAUCCGAGCCAUGUGUCAGCUACGGUCUUCUUCUAGAGAAUACAACGUAUGGUCAUUAUCACUGUAUGUUGGACUGAAGUUGGCCCAAGUACAGGAAUAAUGACCGUACAAUGCGUACAUUCUAUUCCGGGGAAGACUGUUGUUGGGAAUUUGGCACCUGGGCCUGAUCUGCAUCUGCAUAAUUAGAGUAGAAUAAUUGCAGAGUCAGUGCUGACGUGUCCAGUUAGUUACCUAUCAACUGGGCUUAACCCAAAGCAGAUUGCACCACGAGAUACGCCAAAUACGCAA